GCGCGGGGGGCUCUGCGGCAGUGGCCGCAACGGCCGGGUGGCCGAGGGGUGGGGGCCGUGGGGGCCGCCUGUCCUCUCCAGCGCCGCCUUGUUUAUUUCGCGGGCGCCUGUGCUUCCGACCGAGGACCCUCCCAGCUUUGAGCGGGGGUUGGCAGUCGCCUCUCCGAAGGACCCUGCACGGGGAGCCCGGCCCUUCCAUGCCUCUUUCUGGCCUGACGCCCCGCUCGCGCCUGUCCACUCCGCGACACACCCUCCUCCUGGCGGUUUGGCCCCGCACCCUCUCUCAAGCCUGCUUUGGCCACUACUUUCUCUGGCCCGGUGCCUUCAGCCUGGCUCCCCUCACCCCAUGUGCGGGUGGGGGCCUGGACAGGGAGUUUGGCAUGUGCAAACAAUUUCAGAGGCAGCGUUUCCUUCCCUGCCUCGGAGUUUAGAUCUGUGCCUUCCAUUGCGGCUGGUGGAGAGAGAUCUAAAGGAGCCCACCCUCCAGGUGGUGGGCACCGCCACGCCUCCUGUUUGUUGUCAGCCGGGCCGGCCGGUUCUGGGGCUCUGGAGACUCCCCAGGCUCUCGCACUCCUGCAGUGCAGCCAGGGAAGGCACUGGGUAUCUGCAGGCCCUCACUGCUUUCUUCACACGGGCUGUGCAGGAAGGUGUGACUGGGACAGUUUGCUUCAACAGGUAUUGAAGGUCUGGGACACUUUCCCCGGGUGUUGUGUAAACAGAGCCUGAGGAGCCUUGAGACAGAGCAGUUAUGUUGGACUCCACUGGUCCUUCUGGGAGCUGCUGUGUUCUCAGCAGGACCCCUGGCUUCCUGGGAGAUGUCAAGUGGUACCCAAGAAAUCUAAGGCCCCAGGAAGCCUAGUCUGCUAGGUGGAAAUGACUUUAAGAACUCAACUUCAGAUGCAUGAGCCAUGGCUUCCCGAGUUGGUGAAGGCCAGGAGCCACAGCAGAGAGAGGAAAAGUCCGAGUUGGGGCAGGCGGCCUAGUUUUGGAGGAAGGUGUGCCUGUGGAGGAUGACUCCGUGGCAAGACCCAGAGUCCACAGGAGUAGCAGGUAGAAAGGGCCAAGAAAGGAGGAUCAGAGGAGCAGUUAUGGAGGAGGGAGGAUACAGAAAAUAAAUGAAGCUGGCAUGUAGCACAGCAGUGGUGCCAUACUUGCCUGGCAUGUGCAAAGCCUGGGUUUGAUCCUUGGCCUUGGGACUUGUCAUCUUGUGCAUAGCACGGGAAGACAGGCAGUUCGGAAGUAAGACCUCCAGCUAAGACACAUGAACUGUGUGGUGGGCAGGUGCAGACACAGGUGCUGUUGCCGGUCAGAGGAGGGCGCUCUCGGAGACCCUCGAGAUGGUGACAGGGUGACCAUGAGCAUGACCUUGGCCAUCUUGCGUGUUUCCUGAAGAUGGAGAGAACAGUGGUUGAGAUUGUGCAAGUCCUAGAAAAUCAGACUGGGGAAUUGCUGUUCUGUCUGUGUGUCCUGGCAGACAUUAAAAGUUUUAGGGUCAGGAAGGACUGCAAGGAAGGGGUGUUUGGGAAGGAUUUUGAAAGUAAUGUUAGGAGAUAUGUCAGCUAGUAAGCUACUGCACUCCAGGAGUGCCCAGGGUUUGCAUUGGAUUUAACUGGAAAUGAAAAAAGGGUGCGUGUUAGAGACAUUACCAUUGACAUAGUCUGCUGACAGGGCCAGGGUGAAGGGAAAAGAUGAAUGAAAAUUAAUUCUUUGUGGAAAUUGAUUAUAUGCCAGGGUCUUAGAGCCACUGUAGCUGGCAACUCGAGAAAUCGGAAAUGUGUGUUUUGCAGAGAAGUAAUUGACACUCAGGCUGUGUGGAAGUUUGUGUGUUUGCCAGGAUAUCCAAGUGUAAGUGCUCUGCCAGCAAGUCCUGCACAGGGCUUCUUGAGAACCCCAGGGAUAGAGUGUUAGAGAGAGCAGGCAUUCGGUGGUCAGAGAGGUAGCUGAGGAUGUGUGGCCUUGGAGGUCUGUUUGUUAGGGUUGGGAUCCUGCAGUUCAGGCUGGCCUGGAACUCACUGGGCAGCCCAGGCUGGCCUUGAACUCAUGGCAAUCCUCCUGCUCUGCCUUCCAAGUGCUGGGAUUACAGGCAUGUACCACCUGUCAUUUUCACCUCUUUGUGUUGCUGCCAUUUACAUGACACUGCCUGGUCUUGACCUUGAAGUUGGAGAAACAAGUCUGAAGAAUCGGGCUUCUGGGAAACUGGGGCCAUUUAUUCUAGGCAUGCGGGUGCAUGCAGUUGGAGGUUGGAGAGAAGCAGCAUAGGAUUUGCUAAAGGUGUAUAUUGUUGGACUUGGAAGUGUGUUGAACUUUGAACUCCACCAGGAUCUUCAGGCUAGUCUCAUGUUUCAUUCCUGCAGGAGAGAGGGGGUGGGUUGGCUUUUCCUAGCCCAUGCUGUCGCCCAUUCCCAGGAGUCUGGGGACCUGCACACGGAAGGGAUCGGGUGCUUUUUUGCUGAGUACUGAAUUGUGCUUUCUUGUUGCACGGCUGACUUAGGGUGAUUUGCUGAACAAAUUCCCCAAGCCUCAACUUGCAACAUCUGAAUUUGGAGGAUGAUUGCAGAAGGCUGCAGAAUGAGCCGAGAAUGUAACUAGUGACUUAGCCUCCUUGUUUCUCAGAGCUGCAGGAUAGGUGCACUGGUAGGGGAACAGGACUUAGGGGAGGAGACCUGCAGGGGUGUGGAUCAGAAUAUUUUUUUUCUUUAUGGCAAAUAUCUGACUGCGUGAAAAAUAAUUGUAUGUGAGUGAGCAGUGGUUGAGCUCACUCAUUCUAGAGCAAUGUUUUCUGUACUGUUCUGGCUCUGACCUACAUUAAGAAACAAAAUUUACAUUAUGACCCUGUACAUACAGCAUUAUGUUACAAUCUAAUUUCAGUUCAUGCAGGACUACCUCCCUUUGCGUGGUCCCAUCUCCUUGAACAUUUGGGGGGGAGGCGUCUGUUUUAUUGUUUUUCAUUAGAAGAGCAGUUGUUAGCUGGGCAUGGUAAUACAUGCUUGAGAGGGACAUUGAGACAGGAGGAUUGAAAGUUCAAGGCCAUCCUGAGCAACUUAGGGAGACCUUUUCCAAAAAUCAAAACAGCUGUUGCUCCUAAGUUCAUGGAGUUAUUCUCUGAUGAAGUAGUGGGUCACAAUGCAUGAACGGUUUGAAAAGCGCAGAGAGAGUUUUCACAUUCAGUAAACAUUUAUUAAGUCGUGAGUGUGCGAACAUACCCUUCCCAGUACUGAAGGUAGAAAGGUACAAAUGAGAGAUAGAAACUGUUCAGCCUUUUUGGAGGUUUAAGGCACGGCUUGGAUUAAGGAGCAGGGCAAGAUGAUUAAAUGCCAAAAAUGAAAAACAAAUGCCUGCGGUGUAUGAAAACGGGGUGGUAGCCAGGGAUUUAGUUCAGUAGCAUAAGCGCCUGCCUGGCAAGUUCGAGGUUGUGAGUUCAAUCCAUGGUACCCAAAAAAAAAAGGAAAAAGGGAUCAUGAUAUGUGCAGUGUAGAUAGAAAAAACUCUUGGGAUGAAGGAAGUCUGGGGUGAACAGUUUGGGUGUCUCAGAUGUCGCAUGGGAGAAACUCAUGUGUGCAAGUUAGGAGUUAGGAGCGAACACAGCAUGUGUGUGUGGAUGUGAAGAACAUGGGACUCUUGUGGUAGAGCAGGGGGAAAUUAGAUUGGAGAGGUAGGAAAUAUAGUUCUUUAUUAAGAGGGGAUUUGUAGAAAUUUCCAAGCCUUUAUGCUGUUACAGUUUGGAUAGCAUAAAGGCUUUUAAACAUUAAGAAUAAUCCGAAAAACUUGUGGCUUUUUAAAAAGAGUCAGAUCUGACCGUCAUUUCCAGCAGAGAGGUGGUCAUUGCCUAUGGAAAGGGUCAGGUCUGCUGCUCCCAAGCAUCAUGAUUCCAGCAUCCUCUCUUGCCUGCCUGGGUCCAGUUGCUUGGCAUUCCUCGCUGUGUCCCAUCGGCAUUUGGCUUUGUGACCUCAGUUUUCAAGUCUUGGAUGCCAUGCUGGAGAAUGUGUGCUGCUGUCACAGGCCAUGGGUGCCCCCCUCCCCACCCCAAGGAUUCUGGCAGGAGCCAGAGACUGGAAUCUGAGGAUUCCAGCACCAUGCUUUGCUUUAGGCCAGUGAGCAGCUCUCGCUGGGGAGCUGCUGGCUGGGCCUUGGAAAUAUUUUCAUGAUGAACAGCAUGGUAUUUACUAGACAGGGCUUUGCCUUGUCAUCUAGAAAGCGAGGCAGACUUCUAGUGAUCUGAAGUUCUCUCCUGCCUCUACUUCUGGCUGGCGUGAUUAGAUUGUGGCUCCUGGCAUGUCGCUCUGAAAGGGAUGUUGGGGUUGCGAGUUGUGAGUCACAGCUGUCAGUUGCCUUGCGACAUUAGAUUCUGAGAUGCUUUGGUUCUGUGGGCCCAUAAAAGAAGACCAAGGAGAAGAGGGAGCUGCAGCGGGGAAGGGUGCAUAGUCUGGAGAGGUUCAUAGUGGCUGCAGAGUAGCUGGCUCAAGCCCAGGUAUUAAUGCAUAUGGCUACAGAAGAGUAGGUGUGUUUGGGGCAGUUGGUAUGGGAAGUCUUUAUGGCUGAGAACACUCUGGCUUUUCCUGGAGUCCUAACUAACCACCAUUCAGAGCUCCACCCAGGUGAGCUGCAGGUGAGGGGCUGACCAAUCGUUUCCCUGCUUUUUACAGGUAGGACAAAAUUUACCUAAAAGUAUUGCUUUUUUACUUUUUUUUUUUUUUUAAUAACACACAGAUACAAGUUAGGAGUUUUCUUAAAAGCAUAUGGCCAUAGGAUGCAAGAGUACCUAGAAGUCAGCUGAAUUAUAUCAAGUUGAAUCUAUUUCCUGUUUUAUGUGAUGUUUUGCUUACUAAACCAGAAGGGAAUGAUGCAGCAGCUCUGGUAUGUUUAGUUUUAGUAAAGUAGUUCACAGUUUCUUAAGAUACACUGAUUUUGGCUUGGGUUUGGGUUGAGUAUAAGGAAGAUGUGUUUGUCUGAUUUGGAGGCACGGAGCUGGGAAGGACUGCUUAGUCUGUAGAUAAAUCAGAGUCAUCUAGAAUGAGGACCUCAAAUUAAAAAGAAAAAGAGCCGGGUGUGGCGGUGCACGUCUGUAAUUUCAGCUAAUUGGGAGACUGAGGCAGGAGGAUUGCAAGUUCCAGCCCUGCUUCGGUAACUGUGAGCGUCUUUCUCUAAAUAAAUAAACAAAUGGGGCUAAAUAGGGUUGUAGCUCACAGCCCCUUCCCUCAUUUCUGUAAAGAAUAAAGAUGAAGCAUGGUUUAGUUUUACAGAUUUGAGCCGAUGUCUCAAGAUGGCCAAAUAGUCUAAUAAGAUAAUUAUUCUUCUGGGGAUGUAGCCGAGACAAAACAUGAAAUAUAGAUGAUGUUUCUAUGCACCCAUCAUUCAGAUUUUUUAAAAACUCUAGUAAAAAAUUGGUAACAACCUAUAUUUCCACUGGUGUGGGCUGUAGAUAGUGGAUAGGUGAAUUCCAGUGGAUAUGCCUUUAAAAUGGAGGUUUAUGAAGUUAUGCAAAAUAAUAUUUAGGAGCAAUUUAAAAGAUAACCAGGGAGGAUGUUUCUGGUAAAAGUUACAGUGUGCCUACCAUCUAAUUCCAAAGGUUAAAAAACAUGCCUAGAUAAUAACUGGAAGAAAGUGUCCUAAUAAUACCAAACCUCCGUUGUUUCUAGAUGGGUUGAGCUAAGUGACUUUCUCUUUUUCAUGCUUUUAAAUUUAUCAUUUGCUAGUGGGGGAAAAUACCGCUACUUUAAACACUCUUGUUGUUUGAGGACAGGAUGGAGUAGAUGAUUCAUGUAGAGAUUAUUGUUGAGUACCUACCUGCCCCUUGUCAAGUGUUGGCAUAGAUACCAAGCUCACAAAAUAACACCCAGCACCUGACUCUGGCACAGGCCACUGUGGAAGGCCAGGCUAUCUGGUGGAAAGUCUUGUUUUUUUUUCCCUGUCAUUUAUGAGUUCAUUGUGGAGUCCUCAGUGUGUUGAGGCUUUCCAAAUAUCAAAGCCAGUGGAGAAUCCCAGGAUCCAGUCUUAAUGACCUUGGUCAUACGACCUCUGGACUCCUGGGGUGAUUUCAAAGGCACCUGAGCAUCAGGACUUGAUCCACGAAGAGAGAAUAGGGUGAUGGAGACUCAGGAGUGACCGGUGUGGGCUUGUGGAGGAGGUCUGCAGUAGUGCCUCUAAAACGCUUUCAUGGUAGUCAGGUGUAGGGAGGACCACACGUGUUCAUUUUUUUUAUUUUUGGUACCGGGAAUUGAACUCAUGACCUUGUACUUGCCAGGCAAGUGUUUGCGCCUCUGAGCCAAAUCCCUGGUCCUAGGUUUGGCGCCAUAGGUAAAUUCCCAGGGGCGGGGAAGAUGAUGUCACGGUAAUUUCCUAGGGGUGGGGGAGAUAGGAGCUUCCUGGUUCCGGUUGAGGCUUUUCUUGCUACAGAGUCCUGUCUGGGCCAAAACCCUUUCAAUUUAAUUUGACAUAAUCUCUUUAAAUGGUUGGCAGCGAUCAUUCCAUACAGUGAGACACCUUGGGAGAGCGCCCCACCCCAUCUCUCUCCAGUGCUGUUCAGGGCUCCGCCAGCCACCUCAGCACGCUUUUGUGCAGUUAGGAGCCAUGCAGCCGUGUUCCCGUGGCACAGCUACUUACACAUCUUUUCUGAGCCUCACUAGCUUAUUCUCUGUGUGUUUUGUUUCUAUAGGUAGGGCCUGAACAAGCUUUGUUUCUUUUAACUUCAAUUAGAUUUUAUUGGUACAUUUGGGACAUACCUAAUGAUCAUCUUAGAGGAUUUGUACCUAUACAUAGUAAAGUUUUCUUUCCCAUUCCCCUCCCUCCCUUCAACGUUCCUCCCCUUACCAUUUACAAACUUUCCUUUCCACGUUUUCUUUCUGUUUUGUGUUAAGUAAUCAGAUUUACAGUCUUUUCCCUUUUUGCUUCUUGAUUUUUGAGACAUAAUCAGGAAAGACCUGUUGAGUACAUAGAAAAAAAUCACCCAACGCUUUUUUGAUAUAGUCAUCUUUGUUUCUGCCAUCAGUUGCGGAUCCUUUUAAUCCACACUGUGAAUAAGGAGGGGAGGCUCCGUCACCUACAAUGCCAGCCACCUGCCACCGCGGCCCUGGCUCUGAGGUGACCCGCCGUGCCCGGGGUCUGCACCCUGAACUUCGACGCGUGGCCCUGCCCCACCCGGGCGAAGGUGCCAGCCAGGCCAGCAGCCACGUAGCGGCGUGCCAGGCCUGGUGCCCAGGUCCAGCGGUGAAGGCGCCUGAGCUUGGUGCCCUAGUGCAGCUACUCGCCAGCCUUGCUCUGCGGCCCCGGGACCCUGCCCCCGGCCGCGCUCACUGGGCGCCCCACCCGCCGGCCACGUUCAUUGGACGCUCCACCCGCCGGCCUCGUUCAUUGGACGCUCCACCCGCCGGCCUCGUUCAUUGGACGCUCCCGCCCCGCCCCGCGCGGUGCCCAGCGUUCGCCCCGCCCCCUGUGUGAAGGCUGCAGCUUUGUGGUCGUCCUGGAGACCCUGUUACCUAUGUUUAUGAUUCAUAGCACAGCACGAAGCGGAAGGUGUAGCAGUGCGGUCCCGCCCUCUGCUGCCACUGCCACUGGGAAAGACUUCUUUGCCAUUGCCGGGUCCGGCCCGGUCCGGUCGGGUCCGGCCGUGUCUGCAGGGAGCGGUCCUUCGCGAUGGACGCGGUGUCAGCCACUGUAGCCGCGGUCUUCGUGUCCCCGGGCAACCCCGAGCUGCUGAAGCCCCCGUCGAAGCUGUACUCGGCCCUCGUAGCCCUGCUACUGCAGCUGGUUGCAGUGUUACCUGAGGAUCUCCAGCCCGGGCCUCACUUUUAUGGGCUUCCCUGGGAGCCUGUGUUGCUCACUACCUGUGUUGGAAUCCUUAUGCUUGCGAUUUUCUUGUGGAGGAGUGUUCUUCCAGUGAAAGAGAGAAUAUACCAAGUCACUGAACAGCAGACUGCCGAGCAGGUGAAGACUGCCACAAAGGACAAUGCAGAACUUGCAGAAAAAUUGUCAAGUUAUGAACAGAAGAUCAAGGAAUCGAACAGGCUUAUUUAGGAGACCAAGAAUCAAAAUAUGAUUCUCUCUGAUGAAGCAAAUAAAUACAAGGAUAAAAUCAAGCUGCUUGAAGAAAGCAAUGAAUUUCUGGAUGAUAGGACCAAAACUCUUGGUGAUAUGUUAGAAUCUGAGAGGAAACGCAACAUGAAAAAUCAGGAUUUGGUCCUGGAAAAUGAGAAAUCUGUGGAGAAGCUAAAGGAGGUUAUUUCAAUGAAUGCCUCAGAAUUUUCUGAGGUAAGGUUGCUCACACUCCCUACCGAUGUCAGCGGCCUGAAUGAAGGCAAGUUGAGUGAGGAGAAGGUGAAGUCUGAGUGCCACCAGGCAGAAGAAAACUCAAGGCUGAAAAAGAAGAAAGAUUUUCUACAGCAGGAAGUUGAAGACCAGAAGAAGUUGAACGCUGCACUCAGCGAGCGAAUCAGGACGUUGGAGAAGUCUCAGAGGGAUCUGGAAGCCACUCUCGCUGAUAAGGAUGAUAGCAUUGGUGCUCUGACCAACUGCAUCAUGCAGCUGAAUCAGUUGGAGGAGAGUGGAUCAGAAUCUGAGGGUCCAGGUCCAGGCAGAUGUGAGCCAGGUGAAUUAGCCAAUGGAGAAGUGGGAGGUGGGGAGAAUAAGAUGAAGACUCACAUGCACCAGCUGAUGGAUGUCUCCCGGACACAUCCCGCAAUAUCCAUACUUCAGGAGGAUGUCAAACUCCUGCAGGUGAAGCUGAGAGCCUCCCUGUCUGCCAAAUGUGACCUGGAAAACCAGAUCGUGAAGCUAGGUGAGGACUGCGGCAUGCUGCAGGCAGACAAGGCCCGGCUUGAGGAGGAGUUUAGGAUGCUGCAACAGAAGGUGGAGGUCCUGAAUGAGCUGUCCCAGCAGAAGGAGAUGGAGCUGCAGAAGUGAAUCCGAGAGAUUUUGCCUAGUGUCUCAUGCUGGCCAUUCCUGUCACUUCUGAUUGCCUAGCAGCUUCAAUGUGCAGUGAUCAUAGAGGAAACUUGGGGCCCAGGGUGCUGCUGGUUUCCUGUGAUGGCGACCUGAGGCUGCUCCUGCCUGUCUGCCGUCACCUUCAUCCAGCUAGCAGUUCAGCCCAGCGUCCCUGCCUCUGUAGCCUCAGCUCCACUGCUUGUUUCUUAAAGCCUAGGGAUUUGUCGAGGGCUCAGUACAGCAUCUUUGGCAUUGUCCUCAAUGUGUGGGUUGAAGGAGGGCAGCACUGGCCUCUGGGGCCCACAUUUCGCUUUCUGGCUGGGGCCACAGGCUCCUGUCCACCCAUUCGGCCUUGCUUGUGUGCUUAUCAUGGCCUAGGUCUAGAGGAACAGCUCUUCCUAGACAGCAUGGGGGCGGGGGGAGGGGGUGCGAGGAGGACUCCGCCUAUUGCUUUCCCAGCAGCUCUGCUGGACAAUCCUGGCUUCCCUCGGGGUACGCUCAUCUCCCACACAGGCAGCUAGAGCCUGGCGCAUGCUGUGCUCUUAGCUUGUUCUGUUUGCCGAUUAGACAAUUACAAGGAGAGGUGAGGUCCUCUCCUCUCCUGUCCUGAUCGGCAGCUGCAGCCCACCGGACUCACAGCACGAGGCCCAGCACUCUGAGCCCAGUGCAGCCUCCACAGCUGCUUGGACCAGAAGGGCCCUUCCCGCAGAGCCGAAGUGCCAGUCCCACCAGGGUGGUCACCCGGGACGCCACAGGUGGCCGGCACUGGGAGAACGGAGGGUCAGGCUGUGGUUGAGCCCUACUGAGCCUCAGUUUUCCUUAUCUGUGAAGUCCAGUGCAUCACUCAGCUUCCUGGCUCAGGGGAAGGGAAAUGCUUUGAGCAGACCUGGGCUGCUCCUCAGGAUGUGUCCGCGUGUCCCUCUUGCUUUCCAGUCCCACACUGGGCUUAAGAGAGUAUGCGCCCGGCAUCCUGCCCGGAUGCCGAGACCUGCCGCUGCACCGCCGCAAGUUCUUGCCGGCACCUGUGCCAUUCAGGCCUCCAGGUCCGCUCGGCCCCCGAGAGUAUUUCAUUCCUGUUCCUCGAAUGCCACCACCACCCGCUGGGCCCCAGGAUUACCCACCGCCGCCUGCCAGGCCCCAGGACUACCCACCGCCGCCUGCCGGGCCCCGGGACUACCCACCGCUGCCUGCCGGGCCCCGGGACUACCCACCGCCGCCUGCCGGGCACUGGGACUACCCACCGCUGCCUGCCAGGCCCCGGGACUACCCACCGCUGCCUGCCGGGCCCCAGGACUACCCACCGCCGCCUGCCGGGCCCCGGGACUACCCACCGCCGCCUGCCGGGCACUGGGACUACCCACUGCUGCCUGCCAGGCCCCGGGACUACCCACCGCUGCCUGCCGGGCACCAGGACUACCCACUGCCGCCUGCUGGGGCCCCGGACUACCCACCGCCGCCUGCCAGGCUCCUUUUUCUCCUAUGGGUCUGCGCUUAUUUCUAGGACUGAUAAAAGUUCUCUCCAGUUAACUUCAGCCUCGAUGUUUGCUGAUUUGCCCCCAACUACAGAUUAAAGUAAUACACUUGUAUUGCGCACUUA